AGCCCGCACCCUGGUUGAACCCGAGGUGACAAGGGACAGCUUUAAAAACUUUUUAGUCCAAAGCUCGCACCCCGGGCGAAAAAAGAGGCUGACAAGGGACAGCUUUAACAUUUGUUAGUCCAUAGAGCUCAGCACCCCGGUUGAACCCCGAGGGACAAGGGGGAGCUUUAAAUAUUUUGUUAGUCCAUAGGCUCGCACCCCGGUCUGAACAGAGGGGGUGAAAUGGGACAGCUUUUUAAUACUUUGUUGUCAUAGAGUCAGCACCCUGGUCGAACCCGAGGCUGAAAAGGGACAGCUUUAACUACUCGUUGUCCCAAAAGGGUCAGACCCGGUCUGAACCAGAGGUGACAAUGGGACAGUUUAACUCUUCUGUGUCCCCUAGAGUCAGCACCCCGGGGAAAACCGAGGCUGAAAAUCGGACGCUUUAAAUAUUUUGUUAGUCCCUAGAGCUCAGCCCCUGGGGGAACCAAAGGGUGAAAUGGGGGCAGCUUUAACUACUUCUGUUAGUCCAUAGAGCUCAGCACCCUGGUCUGAACCAGAGGCUAACAAUGGGACAGCUUUAACUACUUCGUUAGUCCAUAGAGCUCAGCACCCUGGUUAAAAAAAAAGGUGACAAGGGACAGCUUUAAAAAAUUUGUUUGUCCAUAGAGCUCCACCUGGGCUGAAAACCCGAGGGGACAAGGGACAGCUUAACAUUCUGUUUGUCCAAAAGCUCAGACCCCCGGUCGAACCAGAGGUGACAAUGGGAAACUUUAACUACUUCGUUGUCCAUAGAUCAGCACCCUGGUUGAACCCAAAGGGAAAAAUGGGGGGCAGCUUUUAAAUUCUGUUUGUCCAAGAGUCAGCACCCGGUCGAACCAGAGGUGACUCGGACAGCUUUAACUAUUCGUUUGUCCAUAGGCUAGCACCUGGCUGAACCAGAGGGACAAGGGACGCUUUAAUACUUGUUAGUCCAAAAGUCAGCACCCCGGUUUAACCAGGGCUAACAAUGGGACAGCUUUUAAUAUUUGUUAUCCAUAGAGCCAGCACCCUGGUCUGAACAGAGGCUGACAAUGGGACAAGCUUUAACUACUUCUGGUAGUCCCAUAGAGCUCAGCCACCGGGUCUGAACCAAGCGACAAUGGGACAGCUUUAACUACUUCUGUUAGUCCAUAGAGCUCAGCACCCUGGUCUGAACCAGAGGCUGACAAUGGGACAGCUUUAACUACUUCUGUUAGUCCAUAGAGCUCAGCACCCUGGUCUGAACCAGAGGCUGACAAUGGGACAGCUUUAACUACUUCUGUUAGUCCACAGAGCUCAGCACCCUGGUCUGAACCAGAGGCUGACAAUCGGACAGCUUUAACUACUUCUGUUAGUCCAUAGAGCUCAGCACCCUGGUCUGAACCAGAGGCUGACAAUGGGACUGCUUUAAAACUACUUCUGUUAGUCCAUAGAGCUCAGCACCCUGGUCUGAACCAAAGGCUGACAAUGGGACAGCUUUAACUACUUCUGUUAGUCCAUAGAGCUCAGCACCCUGUCUGACCAAGGCAACAAUGGGACAAAACUUAACUACUUCUGUAGUCAUAGAGCUCAAUCACCCUGUCUAAAACCAGAGCUGACAAUCGACAGCUUUACUACUUCGGUAGUCCAUAGAGCUCAAGCAACACCCUGUCGAACCAGAGGCUUGACAAAUGGGACAAGCUUUAACUACUUCUGUUAGUCCAUAUAGCUCAGCCCCGUCUGACCUAGCUUUACUGCGACAGCUUUAACUACUCUGUUAGUCCAUAGAGCUCACACCCCUGGUCUAACCAGAGGCUGACAUGGGACACUUUAUUACUACUUCUGUUAGUCCAUAAGCUCAGCACCCUGUCUAACCAGAGGCGACCAUUGGACAGCGUUUAACUACUUCUGUUAGUCUAGAGCUCAAGCACCCGGUCUGAACCGAGCUGACACGGACACGCCUUUAACUAUUCUGUUAGUCCAUAGGCUCAGCACACUGGUCUGACCGAGGCUGACAAUGGCAUCUUUACUACUUCUGUUGUCCGUAGAGCUCAGCACCCUGGUCUGAACCAUAGGUAACAAUGGACACUUUAACUAUUCUUGUUAGUCCAUAGAGCUCAUCACCCCUGGUCAACCAGAGCUGCAAUGGCGCUUUACUACUUCUGUUUAGUCCACAGAGCUCAAGCCCCUGGUCUGAUACCGGAGGCUGACAAUGGACGCUUUAACUACUUCUGUUAGUCCGUAGAGCCACAACCCUGGUCCUGAACCAGAGGGCUGACAAGGGACAGCUGUAACUACUUCUGUUAGUCCACAGAGCUCACACCCUGGUCUAACCAGAGGGCUGUAAUAACUUAUCUGUUCUCCAACCACUCCGAACGUACAGGCACUGUCUAUCCCGCACGUAUUCGUCUACUGACAAUGUAUCAUCCUUAACGGGCAUUAUUCAUGGCAAAACCUACGUCUUCCUCCUGGUAUGGCUUCCACGGGUCUCGUUGAAUAACGUAGUCUUUCAAUAUGGACUACUUCUCAACAACUGAACGUACUAGUAUACAAAUGUCCACAUCUCCCAUAGCCACACAGACAAGUACAGACAUAAACACCGUGUCGUAGGGACGUCCACUCCUGACCCUCAUAGGGCUUCAGGUCAACCCCUAGUCCCUAUGGAAUGGUUAACCCGCCUAGGCACGGAUGCCUGCGUGGUAGUCUAACCUUAUAUGGGGGGCUAGGCCCUCCUAGCGGCGUCCCAUCUAACCUAUAUAUGGGGGCUAUGCCUUCCUAAGCAGGCAGUGCCGGCAGUGCCCAGUCUAACCUAUAUAUGGGGGCUAUACCUUCCUAAGCAGGCCGUGCCGGCCGUGCCCAGUCUAACCUAUAUAUGGGGGCUAUACCUUCCUAAGCAGGCCGUGCCGGCCGUGCCCAGUCUAACCUAUCUAUGGGGGCUAUACCUUCUUAAGCAGGCCGUGCCGGCCGUGCCCAGUCUAACCUAUAUAUGGGGGCUAUACCUUCCUAAGCAGGCCGUGCCGGCCGUGCCCAGUCUAACCUAUAUAUGGGUCUAGGCUGGGCUAUGACCGGUUUGUGUAUUUCCAGUGGGCCAACUGAAUACAUCCAGGCUUUCUAGGUCUGUUUCCCAUAGUUUAUAUUCAGCCUAUGACCCUCACCUCACCUAAGAUGUCAGAAUGGGUGGAAACGGGUAUAGGAACUUUCUUACCUCGUUUUGUGUGCUGGCUCCUGUUCCACUGAUUCGUCUCUUUAUUUUAACUGAAAAUGUGGUGAUCCGCCGCAAAACGCCAAUUGUUAAGGUUGGCCCCGUGUAGCUCAGUUGAUAGAGCAUGGCGCUUGCAACGCCAGGGUUGUGGGUUCGAUUCCCACGGGGGGCCAGUAUGAAAAAUGUAUGCACUCACUAACUGUAAGUCGCUCUGGAUAAGAACUAAAAUGUUCUGGUACAAUAUCCAGACGACCUCUGAGAAACUGAAGCUAGAUUUAUUCACCCACAAGUAGUGUUGCAGUUGCCAAGACCACGAUACAGCUGCCAAGAACCCCCCCCCCCCCCCCCCCCCCUUUCCCAACUAGACUCCCCCUUCUGUGUCAAGGAUGAACAAUCAAUCUCUUUUACUGGGCAGGUGGCAGGUAUCGUGUCCCUGCUUGAGUCCGGAGAGGCCUUGAAUACACAUUCCUACAGUCUACUGCAGUCCACUACAUAAUUACCCUUCUGUCACGAGAAUGUUGUCAUCUCAAUGGUUGAAGUCAACUACUUCUCAAGCUUUGAAUAAUUCCCAGAGUUGUAGGCUCUAGUUUAAUAAUGAUUAAAACAAGUCCCAUUUCUGUAAUGACAUCAGUUCUUCUUUAUUCAUGAGAGCUCUGCCCCAAAAUGGGUGCACAGUCUUUUUAUACUCUCUCACACACACCACACACACACCACACAACACACACACACACACACACACACACACACACACCACACACACACACACACACACACACACACACACAGACAAGUUCUUAUCAUAGGCUACUCCUUGCUCAGGCAGGCUGCAUUUUUUCACUAUUCCCAUACAUAGUUAUCACGUUCUCAGAAUAUUCUGCCAGCCUCUCACUCCCCCUCCCUGUGUGGGGACAUCUGUUUUUGAAACCGGUCUCCUGUUAUUGGUCUCUACGUUUGCACUUCUGCUUGCCUAACUACAGGAGAACACAGUUGGGUGGUUGUUUUGAACUUUUAGUCAUUUAACUUAUAUCAUUUCUCUAUCACCUUCUCAUACACACAGAGAACACUACUUUCAAUCUCCAAGAGUAAAAACUUCAUAUUCAUACUAAGUUGAUAUAAAGCAGUAAAGAUAUAGAACAGUAAUGGACCCCCCAAACCCCCUAUCCCCAUAACCCCUAACCCCCUAACCCCAUAACCCCCUAACCCCAUAAUCCCAUAACCCCAUAACCCCCUAACCCCAUAAUCCCCUAACCCCAUAACCCCCUAACCCCCCAACCCCCUAACCCCAUAAUCCCCUAACCCCCUAACCCCCUAACCCCAUAACACCAUAUCCCCCUAUCCCCAUAACCCCCUAACCCCCUAACCCCCUAACCCCAUAACCCCAUAACCCCCUAACCCCCUAUCCCCAUAACCCCAUAACCCCAUAACCCCCUAUCCCCCAUAACCCCCCCUAACCCCCUAUCCCCAUAACCCCCUAUCCCCAUAACCCCCUAACCCCCUAUCCCCAUAACCCCCUAACCCCCUAACCCCCUAUCCCCAUAACCCCCUAACCCCAUAACCCCCUAACACCAUAUCCCCUGUCCCCCAUACCCCUAACCCCUAACCCAUAACCCCUAUCCCCAUAACCCCCCUACCCCCUAACCCCAUACCCCUAACCCCCUAACCCCCUAUCCCCAUAACCCCUAACCCCCUAAACCCCAUAACCCCAUAAACCCCCUCAACCCCCUAACCCAUAGCCCCCUAACCCCCUAACCCCAUCUCCCCCUCCCCCGUCCCCAUUCGCCCCUAACUCCAUAACUCCAACCCCCCUAACCCCAUAACCCCCUCUCCCCCUAUCCCCAUACCCCCUAUCCCCAUACCCCUACCCCCCUAAACCAAACACCCAUAAACCCAGAUCCCCAUAACCCCCUAUCCCCCUAACCCCAUAACCCCCAUAACCCCCUAUCCCCCUAACCCCCCUAUCCCCCUAACCAACCCCCUACCCCCUAACCACCUAACCCCUAUCCCCAUAACCCCCUAUCCCCAUAACCCCCGAUCCCCAUAACCCCAUCCCCCAUAACAAACCCCCCCCCAAAAUUAACCCCAUAGCCCCAUAAGAAACCCCCUAACCCCCUAUCAUCCCACCUAACCCCCUUAACCCCCUAUCCCUACCCUAUCCCAUAACCCCCUAACCCCAUAUCCCCCUAUCCCCAUAACCCCCUAACCCCCUAACCCCCCUAACCAACCCCAUAUCCCCAUAACCCCAUAACCCCCUCACCCCCCUAACCCAUAUCCUCUCCCCCUAACCCCCUAACCCCCUAUCCCCCUAACCCCCUACCCCAUAUCCCCCCUAACUCCAUAACUCCAUAACCCCAUAACCCCCUUCCCCCUAUCGCCCAUAACCCCCUAUCCCCCUAUCCCCAUAACCCCCUAACCCCUAACCCAUAACCCCAUAGCCCCAUACCCCCUAUCCCCCUAUCCCCAUAACCCCCCUAUCCCCCUAGCCCCAUAACCCCCUAACCCCAUAACCCCAAUAUCCCCCAACCCCCAUACCCCAUACCCCAUAACCCCAUAACCCCAUACCCCUAACCCCCUAACCCCCCUAACACCCCAUAACCCUCAACCCCAUACCCCAUAACCCCCCCUAACCCCCUAACCCCCUAAAACCCAUAUCCCCAUAACCCACACCCCUAACCCCCUAACCCCAUAACCCCCCCCUAACCCCCUAACCCACUAUCCCCCUAUCGCCCCUAUCCCCCAUACACCCCCUAACCCCCUUCCCCCAACCCCUAACCCCCUAACCCCAUAACCCCCCUAUCCCCCUAACCCACUAACCCCCUAUCCUCCCCAAAACCCCUAACCCCUAACCCUAAACCAUAUCCCUCUAACCCCACCACAACACCUAACCCCUAACCCCAUAACCCCAUAAACCCCUAUCCCCCUAACCCCCUAACCCUAUCCCCCAUAGAGAACCCCCAUUCCCCAAACCCCUAACCCCUAAUCCCCUAACCCCCUAUCCCCAUACCCCCUAUCCCCAUAACCCCCUAACCCCCCUAUCCCCAUAACCCAUACCCCCAAACCCCCUAUCCCCCUAACCCCUAUAACCCCAUAUCCCAUAACCCCCUAACCCAUUACCACUUUUACUAUAAUAACAGAUUGUAUUACACUAAAAUAACCGAUUAUCAAUAUAAAACGCUCAUUAUGCAACUAAAAUGUGCUCUAGUCAUUAAUCUUUAACAAUGGUGAUGAUGAUGAUGCUGAUGAUGAUGAGGGUGAUGACUAAAGACAAACUGACAGGGAUAUGUAUUCCUACACCCCUGUAUUACAGAAGCUGUUAAUUCAGUCGUAGUGUUGUCUCUUAUCGAGCUCUGUUUUUCAGCUUCAGUCGUAGUGUUGUCUCUGAUCGAGCUCUGUUUUUCGGCUUCAGUCGUAGUGUUGUCUCUUAUCGAGCUCUGUUUUUCAGCUUCAGUCGUAGUGUUGUCUCUGAUCGAGCUCUGUUUUUCGGCUUCAGUCGUAGUGUUGUCUCUGAUCGAGCUCUGUUUUUCAGCUUCAGUCGUAGUGUUGUCUCUUAUCGAGCUCUGUUUUUCAGGUCUAGAGUAGCCGUCUGUGUUACAGAGGCAGGCCGUUCUGUUCAUAGAGAUGGAUACACUAUUUUGAUUGUUUAAUCUUUAUGGUUCUGUGUCACCAUGUCGUGGUGUCUUGUCGUUCCAGAUGUACAUCACUAGCACCAUAAAGACUAAGAGUAGCCGCCUGGCCAAACCGGUGCUGUGCCUGGGCAUCCUGUGUACAGCCUUCCUCACCGGGCUCAACCGGGUCUCGGAGUACCGGAACCACUGUUCUGAUGUCAUCGCUGGGUUCAUCCUGGGCAGCUCUGUUGCUCUCUUCCUGGUGAGGACUAACGUUUUCUUUAUCUCUUUUGUUGAUGAUCUCUUUUAGCACACAAUGGUAGUCCAGGAAGUCUAGUCUAGUAUUGGUCAAACGAUCUUAAGCUGGUAUGUUGAAUCAAUAAGGCCUGAGGACGUGUGGUUCAGUGCCUUCAGAAAGUAUUUACUUUUUCCACAUGUUGUUCUGUUUCUGCCUGAAUUUAAAAUAGAUUAAAUUGAGAUUUUGUGUCACUGGCCUACACACAAUACUCCAUAAUGUCAAAGUGGAAUUGUGUUUUUACACAUUUUUACAAAUUAAUAAAAAAUGAAAAGCUGAAAUGUCUUGUGUCAGUAAGUAUUCAACCCCUUUGUUAUGGCAAGCCUAAAGAAGUUCAGGAGUAAAACUGUGCUUAACUAGUCACAUAAUAUCUUGCAUGGAUUUUUGAAUGUCUACCUCAUUUCUGAACCCCACACAUACAGUUAUCUGUAAGGUCCCUCAGUCGAGCAGUGAAUUUCAAAACACAGAUUCAACCACAAAGACCAGGGAGGUUUUCCAAUGCCUCGCAAAGAAGGGCACCAAUUUGGUAGAUGGGUAAAAAUUAAAAAAGCAGACAUUGAAUAUCCCUUUGAGCAUGGUGAAGUAGUUAGUUACUCUUUGGAUGGUGUAUCAAUACACCCAGUCACUACAAAGAUACAGGCGUCCUUCCUAACUCAGUUGCCGGAGAGGAAGGAAAUCGCUCAGGGAUUUCACCAUGAGGCCAAUGGUGACUUUAAAACAGUUACAGAGUUGAAUGGCUGUGAUAGGAGAAAACGGAGGAUGGAUCAACAACAUUGUAGUUACUCCACAAUACUAACCUAAAUGACAGAGUGAAAAGAAGGAAGCCUGUACAGAAUAUAAAUAUUCCAAAACAUGCAUCGUGUUUGCAACAAGGCACUAAAGUAAUACUACACAUCACUGAGUUCCACUCUUCACAUUUUCAAGCAUGGUGGUGGCUGCAUCAUGUUAUGGGUAUGCUUGUCAUUGGCAAGGACGAGGGAGUUUUCUGGGAUUAAAAGAAACGGAAUGGAGCUAAGCACGGGCAAAAUCCUAGAGGAAAAGCUGGUCCAGUCUGCUUUCCACCAGACACUGGGAGACAAAUUCACCUUUCAGCACGACAAUAACCUUAAAGACAAGGUCAAAUAUACACUGAGUUUACCAAACAUUAGGAACACCUUCCUAACAUUGAGUUGCCCUCCCCCCUUUUACCUUCAGAACAGCCUCAAUUCGUCAGGGCAUUGGACUCUACAAGGUGUCGAAAGCGUUCCACAGGGAUGCUGGCCCAUGUUGAUUCCAAUGCUUCCCACAGGGAUGCUGGCCCCAUGUUGAUUCCAAAGCGUUCCACAGGGAUGCUGGCCCAUGUUGAUUCCAAUGCUUCCCACAGGGAUGCUGGCCCCAUGUUGAUUCCAAAGCGUUCCACAGGGAUGCUGGCCCAUGUUGAUUCCAAUGCUUCCCACAGGGAUGCUGGCCCCAUGUUGAUUCCAAAGCGUUCCACAGGGAUGCUGGCCCCAUGUUGAUUCCAAUGCUUCCCACAGGGAUGCUGGCCCAUGUUGAUUCCAAUGCUUCCUACAGUUGUGUCAAGUUGGCUGGAUGUCCUUUGGGUGAUGGACCAUUCUUCAUACACAUGGGAAACUGAUGAGCAUGAAAAACCCAGCAGCGUUGCAGUUCUUGACACACACAAACCGGUGCACCUGGCACCUGGCACCUACUACCAUGCCCCGUUCAAAGGCACUUCAAUCUUUUGUCUUGCUCAUUUACCCUCUGAAUGGCACACAUACACAAUCCAUGUCUCAAUUGUCUCAAGGCUUUAAAAUCCUUCUUUAACCUGUCUCCUCCCCUUCAUCUACACGGAUUAAAGUGGAUUUAACAAGUGACAUCAAUAAGGGAUCAUAGCUUUCACCUGGAUUCACCUGGUCAGUCUGUCAUGGAAAGAGUAGGUGAUCUUAAUGUUUUGUCCACUCUCCUGUAUGUCUCCUGUGUUUUAGGGUAUCUGUGUGGUGAACAACUUUAAAGGAGCCCACUGCACCCCCACCAAGCAGAAGACUGAAGAUUACCGCGGUCUCCCCCUAAUGACCUUCCCCCGCGUCCAGAGCCCCCUGGAGACACUCAGCGCACAGGUAACCACUUAACACACCUUACACACACACCUGGUACACCCCGAUGUCUCCCCCUAAUGACCUUCCCCCGCGUUGACAGCCCCCUGGAGACACUCAGCGCACAGGUAACCACUUAACACUACUGUACAAUACUACUGUAACCACUUAACACUACUGUACAAUACUACUGCACAGGUAACACUUAACACUACUGUACAAUACUACUGCACAGGUAACCACUUAACACUACUGUACAAUACUACUGCACAGGUAACCACUUAACACUACUGUACAAUACUACUGCACAGGCACAUAGUUAGCAAAGUCCUUAGUGCUGACCUAGACCCAAGUGUGCUGUACCAAACUAUCCUGGACUAUACUAUACUGGACUGGACUAUACUAUACUAUCCUGGACUAUACUAUCCUGGACUAUACUAUCCUGGACUAUACUAUACUGGAUUAUACUGUACCAUAAUAUACUGGACUGGACUAUACUAUACUAUACUAUACUAUACUAUCCUGGACUAUACUAUACUGGACUAUACUGUACCAUAAUAUACUGGACUGGACUGGACUCUACUAUACUAUACUAUACUAUCCUGGACUAUACUAUCCUGGACUAUACUAUACUGGAUUAUACUGUACCAUACUAUACUAUACUGUACUAUACUAUACUAUACUAUACUGGACUAUACUAUACUAUACUGGACUAUACUGGACUGGACUAUACUAUACUAUCCUGGACUAUACUAUACUAUACUAUGCUGUACCAUACUAUACUAUCCUGGACUAUACUAUACUGGAUUAUACUGUACCAUAAUAUACUGGACUGGACUAUACUAUACUAUACUAUACUAUACUAUCCUGGACUAUACUAUACUGGACUAUACUGUACCAUAAUAUACUGGACUGGACUGGACUCUACUAUACUAUACUAUACUAUCCUGGACUAUACUAUCCUGGACUAUACUAUACUGGAUUAUACUGUACCAUACUAUACUAUACUGUACUAUACUAUACUAUACUGGACUAUACUAUACUAUACUGGACUAUACUAUACUAUACUGGACUGUACAGUACCAUACUGUUUUGGACUGUAUUGUACUGUACCCUACUAUACUGUGUUUUGAAAUCUACUGUGAAUGUCCUGUAAUGUUUUAAAAAUUGUAUAACCUUGGCAGCAGCUGAUGGGGAUCCAUAAUAAAUACAAAUACUGGACUAUAUUAUACCGGACUAUACUGGACUGUACUGGACUGUACUGGACUAUACUGGACUAUACUGGACCAUACUGGACUAUACUGGACUAUACUGGACCAUACUGGACCAUACUGGACUAUACUGGACCAUACUGGACUAUACCAGACUAUACUGGACUAUACUGGACUAUACUGGACUAUACUGGACUAUACCGGACUAUACUGGACUAUACUGCCCCUUACUGGACUAUUGGCCUAUUUUUUAACUUGGGGAUAAAUACUGGACUAUACUGGCAUUUUACCCUUCUUAUUUAAAAUUAUCGGACUUACUGGACAUACUGGACAAAACCGGCUAUACUGGACUAUCUGGCUUUAUAUUUACCGGACUAUACGACUAUAGGGAAACUUACGGGGAACUGGACUAUACUGGACUUACUGGACAACUGGCUAUCCCGACAUACUGGAAACUAUCGGGACUAUUUACCUGGACUAUACGGACAUAUGGCCAUACGGACAUACGGGACAUACUGGACUAUACGCCCAUCCCGGACUUUGGACAACUGGACUAUAUGGACUAACCCCUUAAGGGACAAAAUACGUCCCAAAAAGGGACUAACGGACAACACUACUGGACCAAACUACCUAGGAACGGACAACUGGGACCAACGAAAUGACACACACAACUACAAAAAGGAAACGACCAUACGGACAACACUAUAGGCCCCCCAAUACAUACGGCCCCAAUACAAAAGGACAUACUGGACAACACAUCCCUGGGACCAACUCCCAUAAAGGGCCCCAUACUCUAAAAGGGAAACAUACUGGACAAAACCAUACGGACAAAACUUAGGACCCAAAACACACAAAAAGAGAACACCAAAAAACCCAUACAUAAGAGAACCCCAAACAUACAUAAAGGAACCCCAAAAAAUAAAGAGGAGGGAGCACCCUAUUUUAAAAAGCGCCAAAACAUUACUAAAGAGAAACCAAAAAAAAGUAAAAAUAAAAAGGAAGAAAAACUUAAAAAGGGAAAAAAUUAAAGGGGGAAAAAAAAACCUAAAAAGGAGAAACACCUCAAAAGGAGACCCCAACCCUAAUAAAGAGGGGAAAACACAAAAAAGAGAGAGAAAAAUUUACAUAAGGGCCCCCUUAAAAGAGAGCGAAAACAAAAUAAGGAGAACCCAAAAUUUUAAAAGGAAAAGGGAAAAUAUAAAGGGGGCCCCAAAAUUAAAGAGGGAAAACAAAAUGGGGCCCAAAACCCUCAAAAGAAACACCACAACACAAAAAAAAAGAGACACCAAAAACACUACAAAAAAGGGGCCCCAAAAAACCCAAAAAAAACCCAACACUACAAAAAGAGGACACCACAACACUAAAAUAAAGAGAGACCCACAACACUACAUAAGAGAGACCCCAAAAACACACUAAAAGAGACCCCACAACACUCCAUAAGAGAGACCCCAAAAACCUCAUAAAGAGAGCUCCACAACACUACAUAAAGAGACACCACAACACUACAUAAAGAGAGCACCACAACCUACUAAAGAAGACCCACAACACUACUAAAGAGGACCCACAAACUACUAAGAAGAACACCACAACCUACAAAAAGAAGACCCAAAACACUACAUAAAGAGAGACCCCCACAACACUACAUAAAGAAGACCCCACAAACUAAAAAAGAGAGACCCCAAAACCCUACAAAAGAGAGACACCACAACACUACAUAAGAGAACCCACAACACUAAAUAAAGAAGACCCACAAAUACAUAAAGAAGACCCCAAACCCUACAUAAAAGAACCGCCCAAACUACAAAAAGAGAAAAAACCACAAAAACUACAUAAAAAAAGACACCACAACACUACAUAAAGAGAGAAAACCACAACCAAAAUAAAAGACCCACAACACUACAUAAAAGAGACCCAAACCUACAUAAAGAGAACCCAAAAACCCUACUAAAGAAGACCCACACACUACAUAAGAGAGACCCACAACACUACAAAAAAGAGAGACCCACAACCCUACAUAAAGAGAGCGGCCAACACCACAUAAAGAGAACGCCACAACACACAAAAAGAAGACGCCACAAAAAAAUAAAAGAACCCACAACACUACAUAAAAAGACACCACAACACUACAAAAGGGGAACCCACAACUACAUAAAAGGGGAACACCAAAACACUCAUAAAGAAGAGCCAAAACACUACAAAAAGAAACACCAAAACCACUCAAAAAGAGACCCACAACUAAUAAAGAAGCCUAAAACCCAAACAAAAAAACCCCAAACUACAAAAGGAGACCCCCACCAAACACUCCAUAAAAAAACCCCCACAACCACAUAAAGAAAUCCACAACACUACAAAAAGAGAACACCCAACACUACAAAAGAAACCCCCCAAAAACACUACAUAAAGAAGUGCCACAACCUCCCAAAAAAGAGACACCACAACACUACAUGAGAACCCCAACCUCUAAAGAGAACCCCAAAAACCUAAAAUAAAAAAAACCAAACCUCCCAUAAAAGAACCCACAACACUACAUAAAAAGACACCACAACCUCCAUAAAAGAACCCCAACACUCCUAAAAGAACCCACAACAAAAAAGAAACCCCACAAAAAUACAUAAAGGAGACCCCACAACACUACAAAAAGAAGCACCACCACUACAAAAAGGAACACCACAACACUACAUAAAAAAACACCACAACACUACUUUAAAGGAGCCACCACAACACUACCAAAGAAGCCCCAAAACUACUUAAAGAAACCCACAACACUACUAAAAGAACACCAAACACUACAUAAAGAAAACACCACAAACACCCAUAAAAAGACCCACAACCUACAUAAAGAACCCCCACAACACUACAUAAAAGAACCACAACACUACAUAAAAAAAGCACCACAACACUCUAAAAGGGGGACACCAACACACUAAAGAAAACCCCCACAACAUACAUAAGAGAGACACCACAACACUACAUAAAGAGAGACGCCACAACCUACUAAAGGGGAGACGCCACAACACUACAAAAAGAGAAAAACCAAAACCAACAUAAAGAGACCCCCAAACACUACUAAAGAAGACCCACAACAUACAUAAAGAGAAACACCAAAACAAAAAUAAAAAAAACCCCCACAACACUACAUAAAAGAGACACCACAACACUACAAAAAAGGGAACGCCAAAAACACUCAUAAAAAGACACCACAACACUACAUAAAAAACCCCAACACUACAUAAAAAACCCCACAACACUACAUAAAAACACCACAAAAACUACAAAAAAGAGAAACCCCACAAAACACUAAUAAAGAAACCCACAACACUUAAAGAAACCCAAACACACUAAAAAACCCAAACAUACAAAAAAAACACCACAAAAAACACUACUAAAAAGAGGGCACAACACCAAAAAUAAAGAGAACCCCCAAACACUACAAAAAAGGGGAAAAAGCCCCAAAACUACUAAAAAGGACCCACAACCUCCAUAAAGAAGACCCCCAAAAACCUACAUAAAAAGACACCACAACACUACAUAAAGAGAGACACCAAAAACCCACUACAAAAGAAGACCCACAACACACUAAAGAAGACCCCAAACACACAAAAGAGAACCCAAAACAUCCCUAAAAAAAAAAACCUACAACAAUACAUAAAGAAACCCCCAACCCUACUAAAAGAAAGGCCACAACACUCCAUAAAAAAACCCCCACAACACUCUAAAAAGGACCCCCACAACACACAUAAAAAAGACACCAAAACAUACUAAAGAAGACCCACAACCUACAUAAAAAAUCCACAACACCUAAGAAGAAACCACAACCUACAUAAAAAAACACCACAACACUACAUAAGAAAAACCCCCAAAACCUCAAAAAAAGAGAGACGCCAAAAACACUCUAAAAACACCAAAACACUACAUAAAAAACCCCAAAAACACUACAAAAAACACCAAAACACUACAUAAAAGACCCACAACACUAAUAAAAGAACCCAAAACACUACAUAAAGAAGAGGCACAAACCACAUAAAGAGAGACACCACAACCUACAUAAAAAACACCACAACACACAAAAAAGAACACCAAACACUACAUAAAAGGGGACACCACACCUACUUUUAAAAAAGGGGACCCCACCACUACUUUAAAGGAAACCCACAACACUACAUAAAAAACGCCACAACACUACUAAAAGACACCAAAAACUACAUAAAGAAGACCCACAACACACAAAAGAAGACACCCACAACACUACAUAAAAACACACAACAUACAAAAGAAACCCACAACACUAAUAAAGGGGACACCCCACAAAAAAAAAAAGGGGAACUCCACAACAUACAUUAUAAAAGACACCACAACACUACUAAAAGAGCGCCACAACCUACUAAAGGCACCACAACAUACAUAAAGAAGCCCCCACAACACUACUAAAAGAGCGCCAAAAACACUACUAAAAGAGACCCACAACACUACAUAAGAAGACACCAAAACACUACAUAAAGAGAGCCCCGCCAAACCUACAUAAAGAGAGAACACCACAACACUACUACAUAAAGAGGACACCACAACACUACAUAAGAGAGGACACCACAACACUACAUAAAGAGAGACACCACAACACUACAUAAAGAGAGACACCACAAACACUAAUAAAGAGAGACACCACAACACUACAUAAAGAGAGACACCACAACACUACAUAAGAGAGAUGCCACAACACACAUAAAGAGAGACGCCACAACACUACAUAAAGAGACACCCCAACACUACAUAAAUAGAGACGCCACAACACUACAUAAAGAGAGACGCCACAACACCUACAUAAAGAGAGACACCACAACACUACAUAAAGAGAGACACCACAACACUCCAUAAAGAGAGACCCACCACACACUACAAAGAGAGACGCCACAAACACUACAUAAAGAGAGACACCACAACACUACAUAAAGAGAGACGCCACAACACAUACAUAAAGAGAGACACCACAACACUAAUAAAGAAGACGCCACAACACUACAUAAAGAGAGACACCACAACAACUACAUAAAGAGAGACCUAAGACAACAACAUAGCAUGGCAGCAACCCAACAUGAAAAACAACAUGGCAGCAACCCAACAUGAAACAACAUGGCAGCAACCCCAACAUGAAAACAACAUGGCAGCAGCACAAGACAUGGUACAAACAUUAUUGGGCACAGACAACAGCACAAAGGGCAAGAAGGUAGAGACAACAUUUACAUUACAUUUACGUCAUUUAGCAGACGCUCUUAUCCAGAGCGACUUACAAAUUGGUGCAUUCACCUUAUGAUAGCCAGUGGGACAACCACUUUACCAUUUAUUUUGUUAUAUUUUACUAAUUUUGUAAUUCUUAAUUUUUAGAGUAUAUUUAUAAUUUUCAUUUGUUUUAUAUAUAUAAUUUUUUUAUAAAAAAAAAAUCUAUAAAUAUUUAUUUUUAUUAGCCUUUUUAUUUUGUAAUUUUUUUUUGGUCCUUUUUCUAUAUUUUAUUAUAAAAAAUAAACAAAUAAACAAAUUCUCUCUCUUUCAUUUUUCAUUUGUUAUAUAUAUAUAUAUUUUUAUUUUUAUUUUUUCUUAUAUAUUUUUUAUAUAUAUAUAUAUAUAUAUAUUUUUUUUUUGUGGGGGGUGAGGUAGGGGGGUGGUAGAAGGAUUACUUUUAUCCUAUCACAGGUAUUCCUUAAAGAGGUAGGGUUUCAAGUGUCUCCGGAAGGUGGUGAGUGACUCCGCUGUCCUGGCAUCGUGAGGGAGCUUGUUCCACCAUUGGGGUGCCAGAGCAGCGAACAGUUUUGACUGGGCUGAGCGGGAACUGUGCUUCCGCAGAGGUAGGGGGGCCAGCAGGCCAGAGGUGGAUGAACGCAAUGCCCUCGUUUGGACGUAGGGUCUGAUCAGAGCCUGAAGGUAAGGAGGUGCCGUUCCCCUCACUGCUCCGUAGGCAAGCACCAUGGUCUUGUAGCAGAUGCGAGCUUCAAAUGGAAGCCAGUGGAGUGUGCGGAGGAGCGGGGUGACGUGAGAGAACUUGGGAAGGUUGAACACCAGACGGGCUGCAGCGUUCUGGAUGAGUUGUAGGGGUUUCUUUAACAAUACACAAAUCUAAAAGUAAAAUAAUGGCAUUAAGAAAUAUAUAAAUAUUAGGACGAGCAACGUCGGAGUGGCCCUGACUAAAAUACAGUAUAAUAAAAGACAAUAUAUACAUAUGAGAUGAGUAAAGCAGUAUGUAAACAUUAUUAAAGUGACUAGUGUUCCAUUAUUAAAGUGACCAGUGAUUCCAUGUCUAUGUAUAUAGGGCAGCAGCCUCUAAGGUGCAGGGUUGAGUAACCGGGUGGUAGCCGGCUAGUGAUGGCUAUUUAACAGUCUGAUGACCUUGAGAUAGAACCUGUUUUCCCAGCUUUGAUGCACCUGUACUGACCUCGCCUUCUGGAUGAUCGCAGGGUGAACAGGCUGUGGCUCGGGUGGUUGAUGUCCUUGAUUAUCUUUUUGGCCUUCCUGUGACAUCGGGUGCUGUAGAUGUCCUGGAGGGCGGGUAGUUUGCCCCCAGUGAUGCGUUCGGCAGACCGUACCACCCUCUGGAGAGCCCUGCGGUUGUGGGCGGUGCAGUUGCCGUACCAGACGGUGAUACAGCCCGACAGGAUGCUCUCAAUUGUGCAUCUGUAAAAGUUUGUGAGGGUUUUAGGGGCCAAGCUAAAUUUCUUCAGCCUCCUGAGGUUGAAGAGGCGCUGUUGCGUGGGUAUCUGUGUGGGUGGACCAUUUCAGAUUGUCAGCGAUGUGUAUGCUGAGGAACUUGAAGCUUUUCACCUUCUCCACAGAGGUCCCGUUGAUGUGGAUAGGGGGGGUGCUCCCUCUGCUGUUUCCUGAAGUCCACGAUCAGCUCCUUCGUUUUGUUGACUUUGAGUGAGAGGUUAUUUUCCUGGCACCACACUCCCAGAGCCCUCACCUCCUCCCUGUAGGCUGUCUAGUCAUUGUUGGUAAUCAGGCCUACUACUGUUGUGUCAUCUGCAAACUUGAUGAUUGAGUUGGAGGCGUGCGUGGGUGAACCGGGAGUACAGGAGGGGGCUGAGCACGCACCCUUGUGGGGCCCCAGUGUUGAGGAUCAGCGAAGUGGAGGUGUCGUUUUCUACCUUCACCACCUGGGGGCGGCCUGUCAGGAAGUCCAGGACCCAGUUGCACAGGGAGGGGUUCAGACCCAGGGCCCCGAGCUUAAUGAUGAGCUUGGAGGGUACUAUGCUGUUGAAUGCUGAGCUAUAGUCAAUGAACAGCAUUCUGACGUAGGUAUUCCUCUUGUCCAGAUGGGAUAGGGCAGUGUGCAGUGCAAUGGUGAUUAUUGUCUGUGGAUCUAUUGGGGAGAUAAGCAAAUUGAAGUGGGUCUAGGGUGUCAGGUAAGGUGGAGGUGAUAUGAUCCUUAACUAGCCUCUCAAAACACUUAAUGAUGACAGAAAUGAGUGCUACGGGGUGAUAGUCAUUUAGUUUAGUUACCUUUGCUUUCUUGGGUAAAGGAACAAUGGUGGCCAUCUUGAAGCAAGUGGGGACAGCAGACUGGGAAAGGGAGAGAUUGAAUAUGUCCGUAAACACUCCAGCCAGCUGGUCUGCGCAUGCUCUGAGGAUGCGGCUAGGGAUGCCGUCUGGGCUGGCAGCUUCGCGAGGGUUAACACGCUUAAAUGUCUGACUCACAUCGGCCACGGAGAAGGUGAGCCCACUGUCCUUGGGAGCGGGCCAUGUCGGUGGCACUGUGUUAUCCUCUGUUCUGGAUGACUGUGUGAUCACGCUCUCCGUAGCCGAUGUGAGUAAGACCUUUUAAACAGGUCAACAUUCACAAGGCCUCAAGGCCUUCACUGACAUUUUCAACCUCUCCCUGACCCAGUCUGUGAUACCUACAUGUUUCAAGCAGACCACCCGAGUCCCUGUGCCCAAGAACGCCAAGGUGUAACCUGUCUAAAUGACUAUCGCCACAUAGCACUCACUGUAGUCAUGAAAUGCUUUGAAAGGCUGGUCAUGGCUCACAUCAACACCAUCAUCCCAGACACCCUGGACCCACUCCAAUUCGCAUGCAGCUGCUCGGCCAUGGAAACACAUUUCCAGACGAACAGUUAUUGUGCUGACGUUGCUUCCAGAGGCAGUUUGGACCUUGACUCGGUUCUGGUACCCCAUGUACUGUAUAUAGCCAAGCUAUCAUUGCUCAUUGUGUAUUUAUUACCAUUUUUUUAUAUUAUUUAAUAGUUUUAUUGUAUUCCCCAUUGUUGUAAGUAAGCAUUUCACUGUUAGUCUACACCUGUUGUUUACCCAAGCAUGUGACAAUUAAACUGUAUUUUAUGUGGCCCUCAUCAACCGGCCAUCAGGGUCAUAGGGAUUAGGUGGCUUUGCAUUGGGCUGAUACUAUGCAGUAUUAACACUAGGCACACCUCCACACAACACUGUACAGUAUAUACACUGUUUCUAUUCAUCAUGGCAGCAUGGCUCCCUCCGUUUAUAGAGAUAUAUCCCCUCUGUAAUCAGCCUGUACUCCAGAGUUGUAGGUUUACUGUUCUGAUAUUGUACAGUGAGAGAAAAAAGUAUUUGAUCCCCUGCUGAUUUUGUACGUUUGCCCACUGACAAAGAAAUGAUCAGUCUAUAAUUUUAAUGGGAGGUUUAUUUGAACAGUGAGAGACAGAAUAACAACAACAAAAUCCAGAAAACCCCCGUCCAUCGUCCCUUUAAUGCAGUGAAGUUGUCCUGUCCCCUUAGCAGAAAAACACCCCCAAAGCAUAAUGUUUCCACCUCCAUGUUUGACGGUGGGGAUGGUGUUCUUGGGGUCAUAGGCAGCAUUCCUCCUUCUCCAAACACGGUGAGUUGAGUUGAUGCCAAAGAGCUCGAUUUUGGUCUCAUCUGACCACAACACUUUCACCCAGUUUCUCCUCUGAAUCAUUCAGAUGUUCAUUGGCAAACUUCAGACGGGCCUGUAUAUGUGCUUUCUUGAGCAGGGGGACCUUGCGGGCGCUGCAGGAUUUCAGUCCUUCACGGCGUAGUGUGUUACCAAUUGUUUUCUUGGUGACUAUGGUCCCAGCUGCCUUGAGAUCCUUGACAAGAUCCUCCCGUGUAGUUCUGGGCUGAUUCCUCACCGUUCUCAUGAUCAUUGCAACUCCACGAGGUGAGAUCUUGCAUGGAGCCCCAGGCCGAGGGAGAUUGACAGUUCUUUUGUGUUUCUUCCAUUUGCGAAUAAUCGCACCAACUGUUGUCACCUUCUCACCAAGCUGCUUGGCGAUGGUCUUGUAGCCCAUUCCAGCCUUGUAUAGGUCUACAAUCUUGUCCCUGACAUCCUUGGAGAGCUCUUUGGUCUUGGCCAUGGUGGAGAGUUUGGAAUCUGAUUGAUUGCUUCUGUGGACAGGUUUCUUUUAUACAGGUAACAAGCUGAGAUUAGGAGCACUCCCUUUAAGAGUGUGCUCCUAAUCUCAGCUCGUUACCUGUAUAAAAGACACCUGGGAGCCAGAAAUCUUUCUGUUUCAGAGGGGGUCAAAUACUUAUUUCCCUCAUUACAAUUCAAAUCAAUUUAUAACAUUUUUGACAUGCGUUUUUCUGGAUUUUUCUGUUGUUAUUCUGUCUCUCACUGUUCAAAUAAACCUACCAUUAAAAUUAUAGACUGAUCAUUUCUUUGUCAGUGGGCAAACGUACAAAAUCAGCAGGGGAUCAAAUACUUUUUUUCCCUCACUGUAUAUUCUGUAUGAUGUCUAUGUGGACUCGUGUCUUUAUUCUGUUUGUAUAUUGUCGGCAGCAUCUUCUCACUAAGGCAGCAUCUUCUCACUACGGUACAUUCAGAAUAAAGUUGAUUCUGAUCUUUUGAUUCUGGUUAGGUGUGUGUGUGUGUGUGUCCAGUCUUAAUGUGUAUUGAUGAGCUGUACAGCUGCCUCCUCAGCAGUCUCCCUCCCUCCCUCCGGGGGAAUCAGGUUGAUGAAUGAACUAACUGCCAUGUUAAUGUAUGUAUCAACAUCAUUCUGCUCAGAGCCUCCCAGUUUCCCUACUGUAGAAAGCCCUACAGUUUUCCCAAAUGGGACCCUGUUCUCUACUGUAGAAUGGUCUUUCGUUGGUUACGGACACUCAACCCAUCACUCUGGCCCUCCACCUCUGGCCCUCACCGCAAACGCCUCACUCUGGCCCUCACUCCUGGCCCUCACUGCUCCUGGCCCUCACGCAACAACUCCUCACUCAACCCUCACUUCACCCGGUCACCAACCCUACACUCGGCCCUCACUCAACCCUCACUUCUGGCCCUCACUCAACCUCACUCUGGCCCAUCACUCUGGCCCUCACUCUGGCGCCUCACUCAACGCUCACUCAACCCUCACUCAACACCCACUCUGGCCCUCACCUAACCCCACUCACCCUCACCUGCCUCCCAACCCUCACUCUGGCCCUCACUCAACCUCACUCUGGCCCUCACUCAACCCUCACUCUGGCCCCACUCAACCCUCACUCUGGCCCUCACUCAACCCUCACUCUGGCCCUCACUCAACCCUCACUCUGGCCCUCACUCAGAGAUUGAAUAUGUCCAUAAACACACAGGCCAGCUGGUCUGCGCAUGCUCUGAGGACGCGGCUAGGGAUGCCGUCUGGGCUGGCAGCUUCGCGAGGGUUAACACGCUUAAAUGUCUGACUCACAUCGGCCACGGAGAAGGAGAGCCCACUGUCCUUGGGAGCGGGCCAUGUCGGUGGCACUGUGUUAUCCUCUGUUCUGGAUGACUGUGUGAUCACGCUCUCCGUAGCCGAUGUGAGUAAGACCUUUUAAACAGGUCAACAUUCACAAGGCCUCAAGGCCUUCACUGACAUUUUCAACCUCUCCCUGACCCAGUCUGUGAUACCUACAUGUUUCAAGCAGACCACCAUAGUCCCUGUGCCCAAGAACUCCAAGGUGUAACCUGUCUAAAUGACUAUCGCCACAUAGCACUCACUUCUGUAGUCAUGAAAUGCUUUGAAAGGCUGGUCAUGGCUCACAUCAACACCAUCAUCCCAGAAACCCUGGACCCACUCCAAUUCGCAUGCAGCUGCUCGGCCAUGGAAACACAUUUCCAGACGAACAGAUAUUGUGCUGACGUUGCUUCCAGAGGCAGUUUGGACCUUGACUCGGUUCUGGUACCCCAUGUACUGUAUAUAGCCAAGCUAUCAUUGCUCAUUGUGUAUUUAUUACAAUUUAGUUACAAAAUAGUUUUAUUGUAUUCCCCAUUGUUGUAAGUAAACAUUUCACUGUUAGUCUACACCUGUUGUUUACCCAAGCAUGUGACAAAUAAACUGUAUUUUAUGUGGCCCUCAUCAACCGGCCAUCAGGGUCAUAGGGAUUAGGUGGCUUUGCAUUGGGCUGAUACUAUGCAGUAUUAACACUAGGCACACCUCCACACAACACUGUACAGUAUAUACACUGUUUCUAUUCAUCAUGGCAGCAUCCCUCCCUCAGUUUUAUAGAGAUAUAUCCCCUCUGUAAUCAGCCUGUACUCCAGAGUUGUAGGUUUACUGUUCUGAUAUUGUACAGUGAGGGAAAAAAGUAUUUGAUCCCCUGCUGAUUUUGUACGUUUGCCCACUGACAAAGAAAUGAUCAGUCUAUAAUUUUAAUGGUAGGUUUAUUUGAACAGUGAGAGACAGAAUAACAACAAAAAAAAUCCAGAAAACCCCCGUCCAUCGUCCCUUUGAUGCGGUGAAGCUGUCCUGACCCCUUAGCAGAAAAACACCCCCAAAGCAUAAUGUUUCCACCUCCAUGUUUGACGGUGGGGAUGGUGUUCUUGGGGUCAUAGGCAGCAUUCAUCCUCCUCCAAACACGGCGAGUUGAGUUGAUGCCAAAGAGCUCGAUUUUGGUCUCAUCUGACCACAACACUUUCACCCACUUCUCCUCUGAAUCAUUCAGAUGUUCAUUGGCAAACUUCAGACGGCCCUGUAUAUGUGCUUUCUUGAGCAGGGGGACCUUGCGGGCGCUGCAGGAUUUCAGUCCUUCACGGCGUAGUGUGUUACCAAUUGUUUUCUUGGUGACUAUGGUCCCAGCUGCCUUGAGAUCCUUGACAAGAUCCUCCCGUGUAGUUCUGGGCUGAUUCCUCACUGUUCUCAUGAUCAUUGCAACUCCACGAGGUGAGAUCUUGCAUAGAGCCCCAGGCCGAGGGAGAUUGAUAGUUAUUUUGUGUUUCUUCCAUUUGCGAAUAAUCGCACCAACUGUUGUCACCUUCUCACCAAGCUGCUUGGCGAUGGUCUUGUAGCCCAUUCCAGCCUUGUGUAGGUCUACAAUCUUGUCCCUGACAUCCUUGGAGAGCUCUUUGGUCUUGGUCAUGGUGGAGAGUUUGGAAUCUGAUUGAUUGAUUGCUUCUGUGGACAGGUGUCUUUUAUACAGGUAACAAACUGAGAUUAGGAGCACUCCCUUUAAGAGUGUGCUCCUAAUCUCAGCUCGUUACCUGUAUAAAAGACACCUGGGAGCCAGAAAUCUUUCUGAUUGAGAGGGGGUCAAAUACUUAUUUCCCUCAUUAAAAUUCAAAUCAAUUUAUAACAUUUUUUACAUGCGUUUUCUGGAUUUUUUUGUUGUUAUUCUGUCUCUCACUGUUCAAAUAAACCUACCAUUAAAAUUAUAGACUGAUCAUUUCUUUGUCAGUGGGCAAACGUACAAAAUCAGCAGGGGAUCAAAUACUUUUUUUCCCUCACUGUAUAUUCUGUAUGAUGUCUAUGUGGACUCGUGUCUUUAUUCUGUUUGUAUAUUGUCGGCAGCAUCUUCUCACUAAGGCAGCAUCUUCUCACUACGGUACAUUCAGAAUAAAGUUGAUUCUGAUCUUUUGAUUCUGGUUAGGUGUGUGUGUGUGAGGUGUGUGUCCAGUCUUAAUGUGUAUUGAUGAGCUGUACAGCUGCCUCCUCAGCAGUCUCCCUCCCUCCCUCCCUCCGGGGGAAUCAGGUUGAUGAAUGAACUAACUGCCAUGUUAUGUAUGUAUCAACAUCAUUCUGCUCAGAGCCUCCCAGUUCCCUACUGGAGAAAGCCCUAACAGUUUCCCAAAUGGGACCCUGUUCUCUACUGUAGAAUGGUCUUUCCGUUGGUUACGGACACUCAACCCUCACUCAACCCUCACUCAACUCUCACUCUGGCCCUCACUCAACCCUCACUCUGGCCCUCACUCAACCCUCACUCAACCCUCACUCUGGCCCUCACUCAACCCGGCCCUCACUCAACCCUCACUCUGGCCUCACUCAACCCUCACUCAACCCUCACUCAACCCUCACUCUGGCCCUCACUCAACCCUCACUCUGGCCCUCACUCAACCCCGGCCCUCACUCAACCCUCACUCAACCCUCACUCAACCCUCACUCAACCCUCACUCAGCCCUCACUCAACCCUCACUCAACUCUCACUCUGGCCCUCACUCAACUCUCACUCUGGCCCUCACUCAACCCUCACUCUGGCCCUCACUCAACCCUCACUCAACCUUCACUCAACCCUCACUCUGGCCCUCACUCAACUCUCACUCUGGCCCUUACUCAGCCCUCACUCAACCCUCACUCAACCUUCACUCUGGCCCUCACUCUGGCCCUUACUCAGCCCUCACUCUGGCCCUCACUCAACCCUCACUCAACCCUCACUCUGGCCCUCAACCCUCAACCCUUUUCUCCUGGAACACUCUGUUGCAAGGGGCAACCAGAAUUCAUAUGACCUAAUCAGCCAAUCAGAAGCUCUACCUGGGAGCAGGACAGGUUGACACAACCGAUAUAAACUCCUGUCCUCCACAUCAACUCACAUCUGGACUCUUUCCAAACCAGUCUUCCACCUUGGACUUCGCCAACCGUGUGUUAUGUUUUAUGUUUUGUUUUAGUCAUUUACCAGACGCUCUUAUCCAGAGCGACUUACAGGAGCAAUUAGGGUUAAGUGCCUUGCUCAAGGGCACCUCGACAGAUUUUUCACCUAGUCGGCUCUGGGAUUAGAACCAGCGACCUUUCAGUUACUGGCACAACGCUCUUAACCACUAAGCUACCUGCCGCCCUGAGUUAAUGCGUCACUGGCCAUAAACCACUAUAAUACACUUCCACUACCACUAGUUCUCUCGUCUAUUCCUGUGUGUGUCUGUUUGCUGUGUGGCAAUAAAGUGUGAAUUGUAUCUUAUGCUGGUCAUUUUACGUUCUCUAACCGGGACUGGUUGCACAUAUAUCUAAACUGGCACGUCUAUCAUAGUCCACCAGUUGGUGGUGCUCUUUUUCACCUAUAUAGUGCACUGCUUUAGACCAGAGAAUGGCACCCUAUUCCCUAUAUAGUGCACUACUUUAGACCAGAGAAUGGCACCCUAUUCCCUAUAUAGUGCACUGCUUUAGACCAGAGAAUGGCACCCUAUUCCCUAUAUAGUGCACUACUUUAGACCAGAGAAUGGCACCCUAUUCCCUAUAUAGCGCACUACUUUAGACCAGAGAAUGGCACCCUAUUCCCUAUAUAGUGCACUGCUUUAGACCAGAGAAUGGCACCCUAUUCCCUAUAUAGCGCACUACUUUAGACCAGAGAAUGGCACCCUAUUCCCUAUAUAGUGCACUGCUUUAGACCAGAGAAUGGCACCCUAUUCCCUAUAUAGUGCACUACUUUAGACCAGAGAAUGGCACCCUAUUCCCUAUAUAGUGCACUACUUUAGACCAGAGAAUGGCACCCUAUUCCCUAUAUAGUGCACUACUUUAGACCAGAGAAUGGCACCCUAUUCCCUAUAUAGUGCACUACUUUAGACCAGAGAAUGGCACCCUAUUCCCUAUAUAGUGCACUACUUUAGACCAGAGAAUGGCACCCUAUUCCCUAUAUAGUGCACUGCUUUAGACCAGAGAAUGGCACCCUAUUCCCUAUAUAGUGCACUACUUUAGACCAGAGAAUGGCACCCUAUUCCCUAUAUAGUGCACUACUUUAGACCAGAGAAUGGCACCCUAUUCCCUAUAUAGUGCACUACUUUAACCUUCCUAGGAGAAUGGCACCCUAUUCCCUAUAUAGUGCACUACUUUAGACCAGAGAAUGGCACCCUAUUCCCUAUAUAGUGCACUACUUUAGACCAGAGAAUGGCACCCUAUUCCCUAUAUAGUGCACUACUUUAGACCAGAGAAUGGCACCCUAUUCCCUAUAUAGGCACUGCUUUAGACCAAGAAUGGCACCCUAUUCCCUAUAUAGUGCACUACUUUAGACCAGAGAAUGGAACCCUAUUCCCUAUAUAGUGCACUACUUUAGACCAGAGAAUGGCACCCUAUUCCCUAUAUAGUGCACUACUUUAGACCAGAGAAUGGCACCCUAUUCCCUAAUAGUGCACUACUUUAGACCAGAGAAUGGCACCCUAUUCCCUAUAUAGUGCACUGCUUUUGAUUAAAGUCCUACUGGGUCUACAUGGGUCCUGGUCUAAAGUAGUGCACUAUAUAGGGAAUAGGGUGCCAUUCUCUGGUCUAAAGUAGUGCACUAUAUAGGGAAUAGGGUGCCAUUCUCUGGUCUAAAGUAGUGCACUAUAUAGGGAAUAGGGUGCCAUUCUCUGGUCUAAAGUAGUGCACUACAUAGGGAAUAGGGUGCCAUUCUCUGGUCUAAAGUAGUGCACUACAUAGGGAAUAGGGUGCCAUUCUCUGGUCUAAAGUAGUGCACUACAUAGGGAAUAGGGUCCCAUUUGGGACAUAGCAAUAUAUUUACUUCUGCCUCACGCUGAUCAUUCCUCAGUGCCAGCUGAAAUUAAACAUUAAACCAUUCAUGUCCAAAUGUCUAAUGUCCUUUAGUACUGUAAUGUACUGUAGUAGUAAUGUACUGUAGUAGUAAUGUCCUUUAGUACUGUAAUGUACUGUAGUAGUAAUGUCAUUUAGUACUGUAAUGUACUGUAGUAGUAAUGUACUGUAGUAGUAAUGUACUGUAGUAGUAAUGUCAUUUAGUACUGUAAUGUACUGUAGUAGUAAUGUACUGUAGUAGUAAUGUACUGUAGUAGUAAUGUACUGUAGUAGUAAUGUCCUUUAGUACUGUAAUGUACUGUAGUAGGAAUGUACUGUAGUAGUAAUGUACUGUAGUAGUAAUGUCCUUUAGUACUUCUAUGUACUGUAGUAGUAAUGUACUGUAGUAUAAUGUAAUGUACUGUAGUAGUAAUGUACUGUAGUAGUAAUGUCCUUUAGUACAGUAAUGUACAGUAGUAGUAAUGUACUGUAGUAAUAAUGUACUGUAGUAGUAAUGUAAUGUACUGUAGUAGUAAUGUAAUGUACUGUAGUAGUAAUGUACUGUAGUAGUAAUGUCCUUUAGUACAGUAAUGUACUGUAGUAGUAAUGUACUGUAGUAGUAAUGUCAUUUAGUACUGUUAUGUACUGUAGUAGUAAUGUACUGUAGUAGUAAUGUACUGUAUUAGUAAUGUCCUUUAGUACUGUAAUGUACUGUAGUAGUAAUGUACUGUAGUACACCUGUUCUUACUGAAGGACAAAUCUGAAGACUGUUUUAAAUGGGCAGAGCAUUUCUCUACCAUGUGAGUUUUGAUAUUCUACUAUAUUUAGUCUUUGGACUCAUGGGAUUACAGUUUUUUUUUACACAUUUCAUGAAUCAAGUCCUGUGAAUACGAUGUGUUCAAAUGAUCAGAUCUUAAUCAUUUUUGCUAUAUAGAUUGUUCAGACCAAUACAGUGAGGGAAAAACGUAUUUGAUCCCCUGCUGAUUUUGUACGUUUGCCCACUGACAAAGAAAUGAUCAGUCUAUAAUUUUAAUGGUAAGUUUAUUUGAACAGUGAGAGACAGAAUAACAACAAAAAAAUCCAGAAAAACUCAUGUCAAAAAUGUUAUAAAUUGAUUUGCAUUUUAAUGAGGGAAAUAAGUAUUUGAUCCCUCUGCAAAACAUGACUUAGUACUUGGUGGCAAAACCCUUGUUGGCAAUCAGAGGUCAGACGUUUCUUGUAGUUGGCCACCAGGUUUGCACACAUCUCAGGAGGGAUUUUGUCCCACUCCUCUUUGCAGAUCUUCUCCAAGUCAUUAAGGUUUCGAGGCUGACGUUUGGCAACUCGAACCUUCAGCUCCCUCCACAGAUUUUCUAUGGGAUUAAGGUCUGGAGACUGGCUAGGCCACUCCAGAACCUUAAGGUGCUUCUUCUUGAGCCACUCCUUUGUUGCCUUGGCCGUGUGUUUUGGGUCAUUGUCAUGCUGGAAUACCCAUCCACAACCCAUUUUCAAUGCCCUGGCUGAGGGAAGGAGGUUCUCACCCAAGAUUUGACGGUACAUGGCCCCGUCCAUGGUCCCUUUGAUGCAGUGAUGUUGUCCUGUCCCCUUAGCAGAAAAACACCCCCAAAGCAUAAUGUUUCCACCUCCAUGUUUGAUGGUGGGGAUGGGUGUUCUUGGGGUCAUAGGCAGCAUUCCUCCUCCUCCAAACACGGCGAGUUGAGUUGAUGCCAAAGAGCUCCAUUUUGGUCUCAUCUGACCACAACACAUCUGAAUCAUUCAGAUGUUCAUUGGCAAACUUCAGACGGCCCUGUAUAUGUGCUUUCUUGAGCAGGGGGACCUUGCGGGCGCUGCAGGAUUUCAGUCCUUCACGGCGUAGUGUGUUACCAAUUGUUUUCUUGGUGACUAUGGUCCCAGCUGCCUUGAGAUCAUUGACAAGAUCCUCCCGUGUAGGUCUGGGCUGAUUCCUCACCAUUCUCAUGAUCAUUGCAACUCCACGAGGUGAGAUCUUGCAUGGAGCCCCAGGCCGAGGGAGAUUGAUAGUUAUUUUGUGUUUCUUCCAUUUGCGAAUAAUCGCACCAGCUGUUUUCACCUUCUCACCAAGCUGCUUGGCGAUGGUCUUGUAGCCCAUUCCAACGUUGUGUAGGUCUACAAUCUUGUCCCUGACAUCCUUGGAGAGCUCUUUGGUCUUGGCCAUGGUGGAGAGUUUGGAAUCUGAUUGAUUGAUUGCUUCUGUGGACAGGUGUCUUUUAUACAGGUAACAAGCUGAGAUUAGGAGCACUCCCUUUAAGAGUGUGCUCCUAAUCUCAGCUCGUUACCUGUAUAAAAGACACCUGGGAGCCAGAAAUCUUUCUGAUUGAGAGGGGGUCAAAUACUUAUUUCCCUCAUUAAAAUGCAAAUCAAUUUAUAACAUUUUUGACAUGCAUUUUUCUGGAUUUUUUUGUUGUUAUUCUGUCUCUCACUGUUCAAAUAAACCUACCAUUAAAAUUAUAGACUGAUCAUUUCUUUGUCAGUGGGCAAACGUACAAAAUCAGCAGGGGAUCAAAUACUUUUUUCCCUCACUGUAUAUAUGGGACAUUUUCAGCUUCCAGGAAUUGUGUACAGAUCCUUGUGACAUUGGGCCGAGCAUUAUAAUGCUGAAACAUGAGGUGAAUGGCAGGACAAUGGGCCUCAGUAUCUCAUCACGGUAUCUCUGUGCAUUCAAAUUGCCAUCGGUUGGAUGUACUGCCAAUUAGAGAAAUGAACCUGUGUAAUGAUCAUGCUGUUUAAUCAGCUUCUUGAUAUGCCACACCUGUCAGGUGGAUGGAUUAUCUUGGUAAAGGUGAAAUGCUCACCAACAGGGAUGUAAACAAAUUUGUGCACAACAUUUUAGAGAAAUAAGCUUUUUUUGUGCAUAUGGAACAUUUUCAGGGAUUUUUUAUUUCGGCUAAUGAAACAUGGGACCAACACUUUACAUGUUGGUUUUAUAUUUUUGUUCAGUGUAUAUAUUAAAACAAUAUCUAAAGAAAUCCUCACACCCCUAGAUUACAUGCAGUAUAAGCAAAUCCAAUGCAAGUCAGUAAAGACUGGAGACAUUUUAUAGCCCCGCCUCCUUCCUCAGACAACAUGUUCAGAUCUUAAUAAUGUUUGAUAUAUAGAUUGUCUGAACAAAAAUAUAAACGCAACAUGCAACAAUUUAAACGAUUUUUCUGAGUUACAGUUCAUAUAUGGAAAUCAGUCAAUUGAAAUUCAUUCAUUAUGCCCUAAUCUAUGGAUUUCACGACUGGGGACUACAGAUAUGCAUCUGUUGGUCACAGAUACACUACAUGACCAAAAGUAUGUGAACACCGGCUCAUCGAACAUCUCAUUCCAAAAUCAUGGGCAUUAAUAUGGAGUUGGUCCCCUCCCUUUGCUGCUAUAACAGCCUCCACUCUUCUGGGAGGCUUUCCACUAGAUGUUGGAACAUUGCUGCGGGGACUUGCUUCCAUUCAGCCACAAGAGCAUUAGUGAGGUCAGGCACUGAUGUUGGGCGAUUAGGCCUGGCUCGCAGUCGGCGUUCCAAUUCAUCCCAAAGGUGUUAUAUGGGGUUGAGGUCAGGGCUCUGUGCAGGCCAGUCAAGUUCUUCCACACCAAUCUCAACAAACCAUUUCUGUAUGGACCUUGCUUUGUGCACAGGGGCAUUGUCUGAAACAGGAAAGGGCCCUCCCUAAGCUAUUGCCACGAAGUUGGAAGCACAGGAUCAUCUAGAAUGUCAUUGUAUGCUGUAGCGUUAAGAUUGACCUUCACUGGAACUAAGGGGCCUAGCCUGAACCAUGAAAAACAGUCCCAGACCAUUAUUCCUCCUCCACCAAACUUUACAGUUGGAACUAUGCAUUGGGGCAGGUAGCGUUCUCAUGGCAUCCGCCAAACCCAGAUUCGUUGAGCAUGGUGAAACCCAUUUCAUGAAGCUCCCGACGAACAGUUCUUGCGCUGACGUUGCUUCCAGAGGCAGUUUGGAACUCGGAAGUGAGUGUUGCAACCGAGGAAAGACGAUUUUUACGCGCUACACGCUUCAGCACUCGGUUUCCCGUUCUGUGGCUGAGCCGUUGUUGCUCCUAGAUGUUUCCACUUCACAAUAACAGCACUUACAGUUGACCGGGGCAGCUCUAGCAGGGCAGACAUUUGACGAACUGACUUGUUGGAAAGGUGGCAUCCUAUGACGGUGCCACGUUGAAAGUCACCGAGCUCUUCAGGAAGGCCAUUCUACUGCCAAUGUUUGUCUAUGGAGAUUGCAUGGCGGUGUGCUCCAUUUUAGACACCUGUCAGCAACGGGUUUGGCUGAAAUAGAAUCCACUAAUAUGAAGGGGUGUCCACCUGCUUUUGUAUAUAUAGUGUACCAUAACAAAAAAAGGUAGGGCUGUGGAUCAGAAAACCAGUCCGUAUCUGGGGUGACCACCAUUUGCCUCAUGCAGCGCGACACAUCUCCUUCACAUAGAGUUGAUCAGGCCUUUGAUUGAGGCCUGUGGAAUGUUGUGAUCCUCUGUAGCUCAGCUGGUAGAGCACGGCGCUUGUAACGCCAAGGUAGUGGGUUCGAUCUCCGGGACCACCCAUACACAAAAAUAUAUGCACGCAUGACUGUAAGUUGCUUUGGAUAAAAGCGUCUGCUAAAUGGCUUAUUAUUAUUAUUAUUAUUAUUAUUAUUAUUAUUAUUAUUCUCCCACUCCUUUGCAAAGUUGCUGGAUAUUGGCGGGAACUGGAACGCGCUGUCGCAUCCCAAACAGGCUCAAUGGGUGAAAUGUCUGGUGAGUAUGCAGGCCAUGGAAGAACUGGGACAUUUUCAGCUUCCAGGAAUUGUGUACAGAUCCUUGCGACAUGGGGCCAUGCGUUAUCAUGCUGAAACAUGAGGUGAUGGAGGUGGAUCAAUGGCACGACAAUGGGCCACAGGAUCUCGUCACGGUAUCUCUGUGCAUUCAAAUUUACAUUGAUAAAAAGCAAUUGUGUUCGUUGUCCGUAGCUUAUGCUUGCCUAUUGCAUAACCCCACUGCCACCAUGUUCACAAUGUUGACGUCAGCAAACCGCUCGCCCACACGACACCAUACACGUGGCCUGCGGUUGUGAGGCCGGUUGGACGUACUGCCAAAUUCUCUAAAACUAUGUUUGAGGUGGAUUAUGGUAGAGAAAUUAACAUUACAUUCUCUGGCAUAAGUUCUGGUGGACAUUCCUGCAGCCAGCAUUUCAAUUGCACUCUCCCUUAAAACUUGAGACAUCUGUUGCAUUGUGUUGUGUGACAAAUCUGCACAUUUUAGUGGCCUUUUAUUGUCCCCAGCACAAGGUGCACCUGUGUAAUGAUCAUGCUGUUUAAUCAGCUUUUUGAUAUGCCACACCUGUCAGGUGGAUGGAUUAUCUUGACAAAGGAGAAAUGCUCACUAACAGGGAUGUAAACAAAAUUGUGCACAACAUUUGAGGGAAAUAAGCUUUUUGUGCAUAUGGACCAUUUCUGGGAUUUUUUAUUUCAGGUCUGGGAACAACACUUUACAUGUUGUGUUGUUUUUAUAUUUUUGUUCAGUGUAUAAAUCUAAAAACAAUAUGUAAAUAAAUCCACUCUAAAUCUCUCUCUCACACACACCCCUAGAGUAUAUGAAGUAUAGAGCACAUUCAAUGGAGGGAUUUUAUCCGUUUUUUUAAACAUGUUCAAAUCUUAAAAAUUGUCUGGACCAAUAUAUUCAGUAUAUAAAAAAUAAUAUCUAAAGAAAUCCACACACUCCUAGAGUACAUUAUACAGUAUAAGCAAAUCCAAUGCAAGUCAAUGGAGAUGGUCUGCUACAAGUCAAUGGAGAUGGUCUGCUACAAGUCAAUGGAGAUGGUCUGCUACAAGUCAAUGGAGAUGGCCUGCUACUGCAUUUCCUCUGUGCUAUUUCUCUGUAAACAAAUUAACAACAGACUUUCAGCAUGCUUAUAGGGAAGGGCACUCAACAUGUACUGACACAAAUGAUUCAUGAUUGGUUGAAAUAAAUGGAUAAUAAGAAGAUUGUUGGAGCUGUACUGUUAGAUUUCAGUGCAGCCUUUGAUAUUAUUGACCAUAACCUGUUGUUGAGAAAACGUAUGUGUUUAGGCUUUCCAAGCCAUAUCGUGGAUUCAGAGCUAUCUAUCUAAUAGAACUCAAAGUGUUUUCUUUAAUGGAAGCUUCUCUAAUGUCAAACAUGUAAAGUGUGGUGUACCGCAGGGCAGCUCUCUAGGCCCUCUACUUUUCUAUUUUUACCAAUGACCUGCCACUGGCAUUAAACAAAGCAUGUGUGUCCAUGUAUGCUGAUGAUUCAACCAUAUACACAUCAGCAACCACAGCUAAUGAAGUAACUGAAACCCUUAACAAAGAGUUGCAGUCUGUUUUGGAAUGGGUGGCCAGUAAUAAACUGGUCCUGAAAAUCUCUAAAACUAAGAGCAUUGUAUUUGGUACAAAUCAUUCCCUAAGUUCUAAACCUCAGCUGAAUCUGGUAAUGAAUGGUGUGGCUGUUGAACAAGUUGAGGAGACUAAAUUACUUGGCGUUACCUUAGAUUGUAAACUAUCAUGGUCAAAACAUAUAGAUUCAAUGGUUGUAAAGAUGGGGAGAGGUCUGUCCGUAAUAAAGAGAUGCUCUGCUUUUUUGACACCACACUACAAAAAGCAAGUCCUGCAGGCUCUAGUUUAGUCUAUUCUUGAUUAUUCUCCAGUCGUGUGGUCGAGUGCUGCAAGGAAAGACCUAGUUAAGCUGCAGAUGGCCCAGAACAGAGCGGCACGUCUUGCUCUUCAUUGUAAUCAGAGGGCUGAUAUUAAUACUAUGCAUGCCAGUCUCUCUUGGCUAAGAGUUGAGGAGAGAUUGACUGCAUCACUUCCUCAUUUUAUAAGAAACAUUAAUGUGUUGAAAUCCCAAAUUGUUUGCAUAGUCAACUUACACACAGCACUGACUCAUACACUUACCCCACCAGACAUGCCACCAGGGCUCUUUUCACAGUCCCCAAAUCCAGAACAAAUUCAAGAAAGCGUACAGUAUUAUAUAGAGCCAUUAUUGCAUGGAACUCCGUUCCCAUCUCAUAUUGCGCAAAUAAACAGCAAACCUGGUUUCAAAAAACAGAUAAAGCAACACCUCACGGCACAACGCCUCUCCCCUAUUUGACCUAGAUAGUUUGUGUGUAUGUAUUGGUAUGUAGGCUACGUGUGCCUUUAAAAAAAACAUGUAUGUAGUUCUGUCCUUGAGCUGUUCUUGUCUAUUAAUGUUCUGUGUGGACCCCAGGAAGAGUAGCUGCUGCUUUCACAACAGCUAAUGGGGAUCCUAAUAAAAUACCAAAUACAUAGACACAAACACCCUCUUUCUCUCCCUGUCUCACUAGCACACGUGGACACACACAUACUAACGAUUUGGGGAAGUGGUAAAAGAGGAUGAUAGCAGUGCCGUCUAUGUUGAUGAUUGUGAGGCUGAGGCGCUAAUACAAAUUCGACAGUCACAAGGCGGGACUUUAAAGAGGCCUAUGGCAUGUCAAGGGAACUGUGUAUCCUACUGUUAGAUGGGUUGAAUGGAAACUGAAAUCUGGACAUUGACUAACCAAAGUAAUACCAGUCCUAUGCGAAUCGACGUCCCUGUGUUUUGAGAGAAAUGUCUGAGUUUUACAGGUGUUGCUCGCGGUUUCAGCAAGAAAACAAUAACUGAUUUGAUCAAUUUAAUUGAACAUCGCCAAAUGCGUCAUUAGAAAAUAUUGCGCCUAUUUAAUUCAAUCCUUGCUGUUAAUAGAUGGCAAAGCAGCAUAAAACUGAGCUAAACGUUUGGAACAAGGAGUGGAGAAAUAUAUAUAUUUUUUUUUCUGCAUCUUGAGAGAAUACAAUGCUCAGUUAGAUACGAUCUGCAGAGGUGCUGUCUUCAUCAUAAAAGCUGAUAGUAUUUCAACCACAAAAUGUGCAUCGAAGCCGAAACUUAAAUCUUAUCAGAAACAUGUUGGGUUGUUUUCACAGCUUUCUUUUUCCUUACAACCAUUUGGACAUUUUGCACAGAAAAUCUUUCCCGUUUUUUUGUUUUGUUUGUUGCUUAAUUGCAUUUUCUCCCCGGUCCCUAAAGGUCUUUGCUCUGCGAAAGAUGACAGAGAAAUCUAUCGAUUUACAACAUUAUUCUGGUGAUCAAGGGUUUAUUGAGUCUCCUAAGGCAACAUAUAAUGACAGAAGAGAAGAUGCAUGUAUCUAAUUAUAGGCAGGUUGACUAACAAAUAGUCUACCAAAAUGUCGGAAAUUUAAAGCAGAAACAUAUCUAUAUCAGGCAAAACAAAAUCCUGCACCCUGUCAAAUAAUCGUUCUGCAGUCUUUCACUGUAGCCUAUACACACAUUUUCUAUAUUAGCGGGUUAAGGUUGGGUGCGGGCCUCAGAUUUUCACUUCAUCACAUAUAGUCGGGCGGUUAAGGUAAGGGUUAUUAGCAAUUGCGGGCGGAUGCGGGUUAACAAAACAGCUGACCCACGCACCACUAACACACAUAGAGGCUAACACACUUAGAGGCUGCUGCCCCAUGUACAUAGACUAGAAAUCACUUGCCACUUGAAUAAUGUUUACAUACUGCUUUACUCAUCUCAUAUGUAUAUACUGUAUUCUAUUCUACUGUAUUUUAGUCAAUGCCACUCCGACAUUGCUCAUCCUAAUAUUUAUAAUAUUGAUAUAUUCCUUAAUUCCAUUAUUUUACUUUUAGAUUUGUGUGUAUUGUUGUGAAUUGUUAGAUAUUACUGCACUGUUGGAGCUAGAAACACAAGCAUUUCGCUACACCCGCAAUAACAUCUGCUAAACAUGUGUAUGUGACAAAUACAAUUUGAUUUGAUUUGAUACCACACGUAUGUAUGUGUGUGUGUGUGUGUGUGAGAGAGAAAUAAUUGUUUUCAUAUACACUGCAUAUAGAAAACAUUAAGAUCACCUGCUCUUUCCAUGACAGACUGACCAGGUGAAUCCAGGUCAAAGCUAUGAUCCCUUAUUGAUGUCACUUGUUAAAUCAACUCAAUAUUAGGAAGGUGUUUGGUAUACUCAGUGUGUGUAGAGUAAAUAGAGCCUGAUAUAUUGAUAAGUCACAUUUUCCAAGAGAGAUUUACACGGUUAUCAAAACGUCACGCCAGGGUAAGCCUACACAAAACACAGCCCUUAUUUUAAGUGUUUCUAAAAUCCCCUAUGGGAAAAAUGAAUGGUGGAAAAAAUGAUUGGAACCGUUUCCUUGUUUGACCGCUAGGUUUUAUGGGUAUUAUGACUCAUACUGUGGUUCCAGAUCCUUCAGAGUCCUUGGUCCUCGCUUUUGGACUCUCCUCUUCAGCUCAUUCCACAGGUUUUCAAUGGGGUUUAGGUCAAGGGACUGGGAUGGCCAUGGCAAACGCUUGAUUCUAUGGUCAGUGAACCAUUUUCAUGUGAAUUUGGAGGUAUGCUUUGGAUCGUUGUCCUGCUGGAAGAUCCAACGACGACCCAGUUUUAGCCUCCCAGCCGAGGCAGACAGGUUUUGGCCUAAACUCUCCUGGUGCUUGAUGGAGUCCAUGAUGCCAUGUAUCCUGACAAGGUUCCCAGGGGUGGAAGUAAAACAGCCCCACAACAUCACAGAUCCACCACCACACUUCACAGAUCCACCACCACACUUCACAGAUCCACUACCACACUUCACAGAUCCACCACCAUACUUCACAGAUCCACCACCACACUUCACAGAUCCACCACCACACUUCACAGAUCCACCACCACACUUCACAGAUCCACCACCACACUUCACAGAUCCACCACCAUACUUCACAGAUCCACCACCAUAAUUCACAGUGGGGAUUAGGUAAUUUUCUGCAAGCUCUAUUUUAGUCUCAUCAGACCAUAGAACCUGGUUCCAAUCAAAGUUCCAAUGACAUUUAGCAAACUCUAGGCAUUUACGUAGGUGGUUUGGUGACAGCAGAGGUUUUUUCUGGCAACCCUUCCAAGUAACUUGUUGACAUGGAGUUGGCAUCUAAUUGUAGUUUUGGAGACUUUGUGGCCCCAAGAUGCAAUUCUUCAACUGUCACAGUUCUGGUUGUUUUACAUUUCUUAAUUAUUGCCCAUAAUAGUGGAGAUGGGUAUUUUCAUGAGUGUAGCUAUCUUUUUAUUGCCGUUGCCUGAUUUGUGAAAGUCAACAACCUUUUGUCUAAUUUCAUUUGUGUCUUCUCUGGCCUUUCCAAUGUUGAUGGAUGACUAAGGGAGUUUAGCCUGUGUGCCACCUCAUAUUUAUACCCCAGUGAAACAGGAAGUAAUGGAAGACCACUUAAAAGUUCCCAAAGACUCAGAUGAACUUUAAAAAGUAAAAUCUGGUAUUUUAUUAGGAAUAUACAGUGAGGGAAAAAAGUAUUUGAUCCCCUGCUGAUUUUGUACGUUUGCCCACUGACAAAGACAUGAUCAGUCUAUAAUUUUAAUGUUAGGUUUAUUUGAACAGUGAGAGACAGAAUAACAACAAAACAAUCCAGAAAAACGCAUGUCAAAAAUGUUAUAAAUUGAUUUGCAUUUUAAUGAGGGAAAUAAGUAUUUGACCCCUCUGCAAAACAUGACUUAGUACUUGGUGGCAAAACCCUUGUUGGAAAUCAGAGGUCAGACGUUUCUUGUAGUUUGCUACCAGGUUUGCACACAUCUCAGGAGGGAUUUUGUCCCACUCCUCUUUGCAAAUCUUCUCCAAGUCAUUAAGGUUUCGAGGGUGGCGUUUGGCAACUCGAACCUUCAGCUCCCUCCACAGAUUUUCUAUGGGAUUAAGGUCUGGAGACUGGCUAGGCCACUCCAGGACCUUAAUGUGCUUCUUCUUGAGCCACUCCUUUGUUGCCUUGGCCGUGUGUUUUGGGUCAUUGUCAUGCUGGAAUACCCAUCCACGACCCAUUUUCAAUGCCCUGGCUGAGGGAAGGAGGUUCUCACCCAAGAUUUGACGGUACAUGGCCCUGUCCAUCGUCCCUUUGAUACAGUGAAGUUGUCCUGUCCCCUUAGCAGAAAAACACCCCAGAAGCAUAAUGUUUCCACCUCCAUGUUUGACGGUGGGGAUGGUGUUCUUGGGGUCAUAGGCAGCAUUCCUCCUCCUCCAAACACGGCGAGUUGAGUUGAUGCCAAAGAGCUCGAUUUUGGUCUCAUCUGACCACAACACUUUCACCCAGUUCUCCUCUGAAUCAUUCAGAUGUUCAUUGGCAAACUUCAGACGGGCCUGUAUAUGUGCUUCCUUGAGCAGGGGGACCUUGCGGGCGCUGCAGGAUUUCAGUCCUGUUUUCUUGGUGACUAUGGUCCCAGCUGCCUUGAGAUCAUUGACAAGAUCCUCCCGUGUAGUUCUGGGCUGAUUCCUCACCAUUCUCAUGAUCAUUGCAACUCCACGAGGUGAGAUCUUGCAUGGAGCCCCAGGCCGAGGGAGAUUGACAGUUAUUUUGUGUUUCUUCCAUUUGCAAAUAAUCGCACCAACUGUUGUCACCUUCUCACCAAGCUGCUUGGCGAUGGUCUUGUAGCCCAUUCCAGCCUUGUGUACGUCUACAAUAUUGUCCCUAACAUCCUUGGAGAGCUCUUUGGUCUUGGCCAUGGUGGAGAGUUUGGAAUCUGAUUGAUUGAUUGCUUCUGUGGACAGGUGUCUUUUAUACAGGUAACAAGCUGAGAUUAGGAGCACUCCCUUUAAGAGUGUGCUCCUAAUCUCAGCUCGUUACCUGUAUAAAUGACACCUGGGAGACAGAAAUCUUUCUGUUUCAGAGGGGGUCAAACACUUAUUUCCCUCAUUAAAAUGCAAAUCAAUUUAUAACAUUUUUGACAUGCGUUUUUCUGGAAUCUUUUGUUGUUAUUCUGUCUCUCACUGUUCAAAUAAACCUACCAUUACAAUUAUAGACUGAUCAUGUCUUUGUCAGUGGGCAAACGUACAAAAUCAGCAGGGGAUCAAAUACUUUUUUCCCUCACUGUACAUCAAUUCGAUUUUGUUCUUGAGAAUUUCUAGGGGUACCAAUAAUUGUGAAUACAUUUGUUAUUUCUUGAUGAUUAUUUAAUUUUUAUUCAAACAAUUUUAAGUCAAUUAAAGGUUCGAUUCAUAUGAUAUUUGGAGUGUAAGAUCAUGCUGAUAAACCACAUUUUUUUCACAGCCUUUUGUUCAUAUUUACCCAUAAUUCAGAAGGGCACUGAUGAAACCACAUGUCAAUGUGUCCUGUCUAGAACCUUGUACUAACUAUGUUGACACCAUAUGUCAAUGUGUCCUGUCUAGAUCCUUGUACUAUGUUGACAUCCCAUGUCAAUGUGUCCUGUCUAGAACCUUGUACUAACUAUGUUGACACCACAUGUCAAUGUGUCCUGUCUAGAUCCUUGUACUAUGUUGACACCACAUGUCAAUGUGUCCUGUCUAGAACAUUGUACUAACUAUGUUGACACCACAUGUCAAUGUGUCCUGUCUAGAACAUUGUACUAACUAUGUUGACACCACAUGUCAAUGUGUCCUGUCUAGAACAUUGUACUAUGUUGACACCACAUGUCAAUGUGUCCUGUCUAGAACCUUGUACUAUGUUGACACCACAUGUCAAUGUGUCCUGUCUAGAACCUUGUACUAACUAUGUUGACACCACAUGUCAAUGUGUCCUGUCUAGAACAGUGUACUAUGUUGACAUCCCAUGUCAAUGUGUCCUGUCUAGAACCUUGUACUAUCUAUGUUGACACCACAUGUCAAUGUGUCCUGUCUAGAACCUUGUACUAUGUUGACACCAUAUGUCAAUGUGUCCUGUCUAGAACCUUGUACUAUGUUGACACCAUAUGUCAGUGUGUCCUGUCUAGAACCUUGUACUAACUAUGUUGACAUCCCAUGUCAGUGUGUCCUGUCUAGAACCUUGUACUAACUAUGUUGACACCACAUGUCAUGCAUUUACACCAAACAGAAUUGAUUCAGUGGAGCAUUUUUAUAUUGUACUAAAUAUAGUACAAGGACUUGAAUGGGUUAAAUACAUUUCCAUUUAUGUAACUCUUCCCCAGGUG